UGAGUCGUCUAGUACUCUGAAAUUUCUCGGAAAAAGGAGGAGAAGUAGCAGCAGAAAUGUUUCCAUCAGAGAUCUACCUUGAAAUCCUAUUAAGAUUACCGGUGAAAUCAACAUUUGUAUGUAAGUGUGUUUGCAAGACUUGGUUUUGUCUAAUUUCUGACCCUAGUUUUGCUAAAUCUCAUCUUAAUCUCACUAUCCAAACAAACAAACCUAAUCUCAUUCUUAAAGGUUACGACUGGACUAGGAACAGGAACCAUGACGUAAUCUACUCAAUAAGUCACAAUUCAUUACAAUCAUUAUUGUCUAGAGAUGAAGAAUUUCUUGAAUAUGCAGUAGAUUUGGAUUACCCAUUCAAAAAUGUAUAUGAUAGAGUUCAAUUUAUGGGUUGUUGUGAUGGUUUAGUUUGCUUAUGGUUCUGUUUAAUGGUUUGGGAUAAGAGUUUCCUUUGUCUUUGGAAUCCAGCCACCAAAGAGUAUAAGGAAUUACCUACAUCACCAGAAGCAAUGUAUGCAAAUGAAACUGAUGAUUUCACUAUGAUUGGUUUGGGUUAUGAUUUUAAGACUGAGGAUUAUAAACUUGUUGCUCAGUAUACUAGUGUAGUCGAAGUCUAUUCUUUAAGAUUAAAUUCGUGGACAAGUAUUGAAAAUGUGCCUUAUGGGUUUCUUGGUGUUCAUCUAGUCGGGGUGCUUGUUAAUAGAGAUCUGCAUUGGUUAACUAACUUAGAUGAAGAACGAGAUUAUUCCGGAGUUAUAGUUUGUUUAGAUAUGGGUGACCAGAUAUUCAAAGAAAUUCAAUUACCAAAUAAUGAGCCUUUGGUGUGUAACUAUAUGUUUAUGGAAGUGGGGGUGCUGGAAGGGUGCCUUUCUGUUGUUGGUAAUGUUCAUAACGUUCAUUCUGACGUAUGGGUAAUGCAGGAUUAUGGAGUUAGAGAAUCUUGGACUAAACGCUAUACAAUUAACCAUGAGAGAAUUGUGAGUGACUAUUUACAAUGUCUGAUGUGGUCUUUUAAGAGUGGUGAGCUACUAUUUGGGACUUAUACUUCUUCUGCUGGUCUAGUUAUAUAUGACCCUAAAGAUGAAAGUGCUAGAGAACCAAACAUGCGUGGUUUAACGGGGUCGGACAAAGAAGGGUGUUAUUAUGAAAGCUUAGUUUCACUCAGGUCUGGUACUUUCGUGGGGGGAGAAGAAGAAGGAGAAGAAGAAGAAGAAGAAGAAGAAGAAGAAGAAGAAGAAGAAGAAGAAGAAGAAGAAGAAGAAGAAGAAGAAGAAGAAGAAGAAGAAGAAGGUAGAGCGUGAGAAUUUAUCUGCAGUCCUUAUUUUUCUCAUGGCAUUUCCUUAAAAUUCGAAAUUCAUUAGAUUUUCUUCCCUCUACUGCAACCCUAGAAGGAUUCUUUCAUCUUUAUUCCAACACAACAAGCAAGGUUGUUAUUAGUGUUCAACAUAUGAGUAAAGAACCUGUUGUGUUCAACUGAAGAGCUAAUUUUAGGUAUGCACUUACUUCUUCUUUUUUGAUUAAAGAGUUUAUUCAACUAUGGUUACACUUGCUAUAAAGAAAUUCGAGAUAUGGGUUUGUUACAUUGCUCUGCAAUGUGAACAAUAAUGAGAACGCAAUGGUGAUUUUCAUGGUAUGGUGACAAGUCAUUGUAACACUACUUUACUCGGGAAGUACUUAAUGGAAAACAACAGAUUAGUUAUUUCUGGCUGUCCCCUUCCAUUAAAGUUAUUCAUUUUCACUAGGGUUUUUAUAGUUCAAGAAAACGAAAUCACAAGCAUCCAAUUCAUGCUCAGAAUCAACAUCCAGAACACCCACCACCACAUCCAUAACCAGAAAUAACUGAAAUUGAUAUGUAUUUGUUGCGGCAUCACCAUAUCCUCCACAACAGCAAAUAUACUAUCAAUAUCCUGGUUAUUAUCCACCACCGGCGAUGCUGUUGCCGAAUCUGUAUCAUGGUCUACAUAUGGAUCCUACACAUGGGAAUUGGAUUGCUGGGAGGUAUUGUUGUCCACCUAUGCCUAGAAUCCAACUCCUUAUGUUGAGCAUCAGAAAGCUGUUACAAUUCGGAAUGAUGUUAAUUUCAACAAAGAGUUGAGCCUGAUAAGGAGAAUCCAGGGAGGUUUCUUACUGCAUUCACAUUCAAUGCCACAGUUGCAGGAAGCAUUACCGUAAUUUUCCUUGCAAAAGUAGGUCUAAACCGUAAUCUGACACCAAUGAGAUAAGGCCUUCAACCGAUCACAAUGUCUUGCCAGCAGGGUCUGGGUCAGAAGUUCAAGCAACCUCCUGGAGCUGGAAUUGACUGUUUGAGGAGACAGAAUUGAUGAAACAGGGUGAUAUGGAAGUUUUUCCGUUAGCAGUGAAGGGAGAGGCCCGCCGGAGCAUAAUGGGUUAGAAGGGGAAAUCCAGUGCCUGGAGCUGUAACUUCUCAGAUUACAGAGGCAGUGUUGUUUGAGAAAGAGAAGGGUGAGUACAAGGUGAGAGUAGUGAAGCAGAUCCUUUCAGUCAAUGGAAUGAGAUACGAACAUC